AUGGUGAGCCUGACAGGUCCCUAUGUGUCAGGCUUCCUGGCCUUCCGAGAGGUGCCCUUCCUGGUGGACGUGGUACAGUGGCUGCGGCAGAAGGAGCCCCGCCUCAUGCCCCAGGUCCUUUUUGUGGAUGGAAAUGGGGUGCUUCACCACCGAGGCUUUGGGGUGGCCUGCCACCUUGGUGUCCUCACAGACCUGUCCAGCAUCGGGGUGGCCAAGAAACUCCUGCAGGUGGACGGGCUGGAGAACAACGCUCUGCACAAGGAGAAGAUACGGCUCCUGAAGGCUGGAGGAGACUCAUUUCCUCUGAUGGGAGGUUCCGGGACCAUCCUGGGCAUGGCGCUGAAGAGCCAUGACCACAGCACCAAGCCCCUCUGUGUCUCUGUGGGCCACAAAAUGAGCCUGGAGGCAGCCGUGCACCUGACCCAUGGCUGCUGCAAGUUUCGGAUUCUGGAGGCCCUGCACCAGGCUGACAUCCACUCCCCAGACUACAUCCGCAGGACCCUGGGAGUCCAAGGGGCCCCUGUUGCGGCCGAAAGGAGCAAGAAGGCACAGAGGCCAAAGCCGUGCCCCCAGGGAGUCUCAGAAGAGCCCACAGAUUUAGAAAUUAUCCAUUGACUUUCUGCCAUGGGGCUUGAGAGUUUGUUCCCUCUCACAUAGCCUCUCAUACACUUUCCU